AUGAGGUUCUUGUGUCUUCACGGCGCCAUUGGGAAUAUCGAUAAUAUUAAUAUCCAGCUUGGCCCGCUGGUGAAGCAUAUGGCUAUGGAGGGUUUCGCUUCAUUCCACUCUAUCAACGGCCCUGUUCCUGUGUCCCCGCCAGCAGGGUUCGCGGAGUAUUUCGGAGUAGGGCCGCAUUACCGGUGGUUGGACGAUGGAGGAGCAGCAGAGGACUCCAUGAUCACCCGUGUUCGAAAAUCCCCACAUGGUUUGUGUCCGGAAGACAUGAUGAGAACAUUGGGCAAGAAUUGGGAUGGCCAUUGGAAUAAUCACCAGGAAGUCAUGGAAUACCUCUAUGACACGCUGGAGCAGAAUCCCGAUAUCGAAGGCAUAGUCGGAUAUAGUGAGGGUGCUACGAUGGCUGGAAGUCUAAUUUUGGAUGAGGAUCGAAAGGCCCAGGAGACCGGUCGUCCUCGUCGCAUAAAAUGCGCAGUUUUUUUCACUGGCUGGCCCCCUCUUUCCCCUGAGGAAGACGUGGUCCUGGCAGAUGAGAGCGAUUAUAUGCUAGACAUUCCGACGCUUCAUGUGGUUGGUGCAGACGACCCCUACCGGUACGGGGCACUGGCGUUGUUCAACAUUUGUGACCCUGAUACGGCAGCCAUGUUCGACACCGGACGAGGCCACACCAUCCCUCGGUCCGGCCCGGUCAUCGCCGAAUUGGGAAAUGCCGUACGAGACUUGAUUGCCAGGGCAUAUCAAGCGUAA